AUGAAACUCGGCAAGCCGACUGAUAUACAAAAGACUCCAUCUCGUGGUUGUCUUGGAAUGAUAGCCAGAUUACUUCAGAGUUUAACGUCUGCUCGGAAGCCAAAGUCGUCCGUGACAAAACUUGAAGUAGAAGUAUGGGAUGAGUAUCCACCCAUUGAUACUGCUUCUACAAUUGCCGAUGGUUUCAAAUACGCAAUUAGAUUGGAUAGGCUAUGUGACCGUGCUAUCCGCGAUUUGGAAGAUUGGGACUAUUCAUACAUUACCAGUGAUACACCAAAAACAGAAUGGAAUCGAGAAGAACCGAAGGAACGUUUUGAUCGUUUAAUGGAAUCAUCUUAUGACGUUUAUGAUCUGAUUGCUGAGAGAGAAGCUAUUGCAAAAAACUCUAAUAUUGCUUGA